AUGUCCAUUGGAUCAACAGUUCAUUUUCAUGAUGUCGAAAUUAGUCAUAGCAAGAAUGAUGUUCUCGAAAGUAAAGUUUAUUAUGAUCCAAAUAUUGAUACUCUACCAAAUGUAUCUGAUGAACCAAUGGAAAAUAAAUCAAAACAACUGCAUGCUGUUCUAUAUCGAGCUGUUCGAUGUUGUUCAAGUGUCAUGAAAUUUCAUCAUGAACGACGUCAUAUUCAAUUCUCAUUUCUUACAUCUGAAUUCGGUCUAUCGAAACGUUCAUUUUCAUGUCUCCUAAAUGAAGAUGAAUAUCGUCAUUUACGUCAACGUAUUAUUCAAGACACUGAACUACAAAUGAAACUAAAGAAACAACGUGAAAAGCAAAAUCAACAUACAUUAUUCAUUCCAUGUCCAAAAUUUCUAGAUCACAAACAACUUGCCGAUUAUAAAAAAGGCAUCAUAGAAUGGUGGAAGAAAUAUUAUGGUAAUGAACCACAAACAAAACAUAUUCAGAUCAAAUGGGUAGAAUCAACAUCGAAGAAUCUCACCAACAGUGAUAUUCUCGUUAAUAAACGACCACCUAUUCGUCUUUUGACUUUGUCAAAAAAAUGA